UCGGCGCUGUCGGGGCAGCCCAAGAUGGCGCGGGGUCGGAGGCGCUCACCGGCAGCCUCCGCUUGAGCGCCUGCGGCGGGGUUCAUGCGCGGGAGCGGCGGGCCGCGGCGGGGCCCAGCGCGAUGGAGGGCGGCGAGCUGGGUGUGGAGAGCAUGGACAGCCUGACCGAGCUGGGCGACGAGCUCACCCUGGGCGACAUCGACGAGAUGCUGCAGUUCGUGAGUAACCAGGCAGGGGACUUCCCGGAUCUGUUCUCAGAUCACUUGUGUGGCACCUUCCAGGGCAGCAGCAGCAGCAGCAAUGGUGGGACCCUGGAGCCGCAGCUGCAGCGGCCCUACAGCCAAGUGCAGCUCCAGCCCUUCCUGCCGUCUCCUGCAUCCCCCCAGCUCCAGAGCCUGCCUGCCAAAGCGGCACAGGCAACAACUCCGGCCCCUCCACGCUCUGCUCCGCUCCUGCAGCCCCGGCCCCCGCUCCAGCCUCAGCCCCAGCUCCAGCAGCAGGCUGUGAUGAUUGCACCGACCUUCAGCUCUGCUCCCCAGACCAGGAUUAUCCAGCAGCCUGUGAUAUACCAGAAUGCAGCCACCAGUUUCCAAGUUCUCCAGCCUCAAGUCCAGAGCCUGGUGACGUCCUCCCAGGUCCAGCCAGUUGCCAUCCAGCAGCAAGUGCAGACUGUGCAGGCCCAGCGAGUCCUAACACAAGCUGCCAACGGCACCAUCCAGACGUUAACGCCAGCCACAGUCCAGACGGUUGCUGCACCACAGGUCCAGCAAGUUCCAGUUCUGGUCCAACCUCAGAUCAUAAAAACGGACUCUCUUGUCUUGACAACCUUGAAAGCGGAUGGUAAUCCUGUUAUGGCUGCAGUACAGAACCCAGCGCUGACAGCACUCACUGCUCCCAUUCAGACCACAGCUCUGCAGACCCUUGUUGGGAGCAAUGGGACCAUUUUGACUACAAUGCCAGUGAUGGUGGGACAAGAAAAGGUGCCUAUCAAGCAAGUCCCUGGGGGUGUCAAGCAACCAGAACCACCUAAAGAAGGAGAGAGGAGAACAACUCACAACAUCAUUGAAAAGCGUUACCGGUCAUCCAUAAAUGACAAGAUCAUUGAGCUGAAGGACCUUGUCAUGGGCACAGAUGCCAAGAUGCACAAGUCUGGAGUCCUGAGAAAAGCCAUUGAUUACAUUAAAUACCUACAGCAGGCCAACCAUAAGCUGAGGCAGGAGAACAUGGUUCUGAAGCUGGCUAACCAAAAAAACAAGCUGUUGAAGGGCAUUGACCUGAGCAGCCUGGUUGACAACGAUGUGGAUCUGAAGAUAGAUGACUUCAAUCAGAAUGUGCUGCUGAUGUCUCCUCCAGCCUCUGACUCGGGAUCACAGGCUGGAUUCUCUCCUUAUUCCAUUGAUUCAGAGCCCGGAAGUCCACUCCUUGAUGAUGCAAAGGUUAAAGAUGAGCCUGACUCUUCUCCUGUGGCCCUUGCUAUGGUGGAUCGGUCUCGAAUACUCCUCUGUGCUCUCACAUUCCUUUGCCUUUCCUUCAAUCCUCUGACAUCCCUGCUGGACGCCCGAGGAACCCCAGAGUCUGACAGCCUGGUGCGGCAUGGCUCUGGCAGGAACGUGCUGACCGUUGAGUCAGAUGCGGGUGGCUGGUUCGGAUGGAUGAUGCCCACGCUGAUCCUAUGGCUUGUGAAUGGAGUGAUUGUACUGAGCGUGUUCAUAAAGCUCCUCGUGCAUGGAGAGCCAGUGACCCGGCUGCACUCCCGGUCAUCGGUCACCUUCUGGAGGCAUCGCAAGCAGGCAGACCUGGAUUUGGCACGGGGGGAUUUUGCCGCAGCUGCGUCAAACCUGCAGACUUGCCUGUCGGUACUCGGCCGAGCACUGCCAGCUUCCCGCCUGGACUUGGCCUGCAGCCUGUCCUGGAACGUCAUCCGCUAUAGCCUGCAGAAGCUGGCACUGGUGCGGUGGCUGCUGAAGAGGACUUCUCAUCAGUGGCGGGCAAGGGAGGCCACUGCAGGCUUCGAGGAUGAGGCCAAGACCAGUGCUCGGGAUGCGGCUCUAGCGUAUCACAAGCUCCAUCAGCUUCACAUAACAGGUAAACUUCCCUCCAGCUCAGCUUACUCAGGCUUGCACAUGGCCCUGUGUGCUGUGAAUCUGGCUGAGUGUGCAGAAGAGAAGAUCCCACCCAGCACAAUGGCAGAAAUCCACCUGACAGCCGCGGUUGGCUUGAAGACCCGCUGUGGGGGCAAGCUGGGAUUCCUAGCGAGCUACUUUCUAAGCCAGGCGCAGAGCCUGUGCAGCUCGGAGCGGAGUGCCAUUCCUGACUCUUUGCGUUGGUUGUGCCACCCCUUGGGACAGAAGUUCUUUGUGGAACGGAGCUGGACGGUCAAGUCGGCUGCAAAGGAGAGCCUAUACUGCACCCCGAGGAACCCUGCGGAUCCUAUUGCACAAGUUCAUCAGGCAUUUUGUGAGAACCUGCUGGAGCGAGCAGUGGAUUCACUUGUGAAACCUCAGACUAGGAAAGAGAUAGUGGAACAAGAGGAGGAGGAGCCAUGUGAGUUCUCCAGUGCCAUGGAGUACUUGAAACUGCUCAACUCUUUCUUGGACUCAAUGGGAAGUGGAGCUCCACCCUUUGCCAGCACUUCUGUGCUCAAGUCUGCCCUGGGCCCUGACAUGGUGUGCAGAUGGUGGUCAGCAGCGGUGGCGAUGGCAAUCGGGUGGCUCAGAGGGGAUGAUGCAGCCGUGAGGUCGCACUUUGCCGAAGUGGAGCGCAUGCCAAAGUCCCUGGAGAUGUCCGAGAAUGCCCUGGUGAAAGCCACCUUCUACGUGUGUAAAGCCAUGCAGGCCUCACUGUCUGGGAAAGCAGAUGGACAGCAGAACUCCCUGGGUCACUGUGAGAGGGCCAGCAGUCACUUAUGGAACAGCCUCAACAUGAGCAGCAGCAUCUCCAGCACAGUCCUCAGCAAUAUGAUCCAGCUGCUGGCCUGUGACUUGCUGCUCUCUCUCCGCACCAGCCUGUGGCAGAAGCAGGCGAAUGCCAGCCAAGCCCUGGGUGAGACCUACCAUGCCUCAGCCCCCGAGCUGACGGGCUUCCAGCGUGACCUAGGCAGCCUGCGCAAGCUGGCCCACGGCUUCCGACCUGCCUAUCGCAAGGUCUUCCUCCAUGAGGCCACUGUGCGCCUGAUGGCAGGCGCCAGCCCUACCCGCACCCACCAGCUGCUGGAGCACAGCUUGAGGCGACGCACGCCCCAGAGCAGUAAGCAAGGUGAACUGGACACCCUGCCAGGCCAAAGGGAGCGAGCCACAGCCAUCCUGCUGGCCUGCCGCCACCUUCCCCUCUCCUUCCUCUCCUCACCAGGCCAGCGAGCAGUCCUUCUGGCUGAGGCUGCCCGCACGCUGGAGAAGGUGGGGGACAAGCGCUCCUGCAGUGACUGCCAGCAGAUGAUCGUCAAGCUGAGCGGGGGCACGGCCAUUGCUGCCUCCUAA